CGCGGCGCCAGCCUCAGCCCCCGCAGAAUGUUCUCAUUGCCCCGCGGCUUCGAGCCCCAAGCUCCAGAGGACUUGGGGCAGCGGAGUUCGGCAGAGCUGGGGGAGAUGUUGAAGCGCCAGGAGAGACUUUUGCGCAACGAAAAAUUCAUUUGCAGAUUGCCCGACAAAGGUAAAAAGAUCUUAGACACUGUUGCCAAACUGAAAGCUGCCACUGCAGAGCGUGAGGAGGUUAGAGGAAAACGUGAACUGUUUCGUUCUGCUAGUUUAGACUGUGAGGUAAGGCAAAAAGUAACUGCAGGAGUUGAUGUGGAUAUGGAAAAGGCCCAGAGUUCUGACCGAAUACUUGAUACUUCAUCACCAGUUCAUGCCUGUUCCUUUGUAGAUAACAUCAAAUCAUCUAACACAACCUCAGAAAAACAGGGACUUGUACAUCCUACUCAAAAAGGUGAUGAAGAGAUUCCAGAGGCUGAGUACACAGUCAACAAGCGCCCAGCCUCCCACAAGAGAUUCAGGGGAUCUUCCUCACUUGAAGCAAGAGAGCAUCUCCCUCAGCAUUGUGUUUCAAGUCAAGCAGAAGAUACUUCCAGCAGUUUUGACAACCAGUUUAUUGAUAAGUUCCAAAGGAUCACAGUUGCAGACCAAGGUACACAUCACUCGGAAGAAAACACAAGUGCUGAAAACUUGAUGGGCCUUCGUGAUAGGACUCCUAAGAAGCCCCAUUACCCGGAAGUGUUAGAAAUGAGAGCCAAAAAUCCAGUGCCCCCACCACAUAAAUUUAAAACUAAUGUGAGAUGCAAGCAAAGCUCGCAGCACAAAAAUUAGCUGAAAGACUGAAUAUUAAAAUGCAGAGUUAUAAUCCAGAAGGGGAGUCUUCAGGGAAGUACCGAGAAGUAAGAGAAGAAGAUCAGUCCUCUGAUGAUGAAUUAUGAAGAUGGGCAUUGGAAUUAUCUCCUAAAUCUUCUGCUCUU